GUCUCAAAAAGCUUGAAUUAUUCUAGCACCCUCAUCUUCGUAUGUGUUCAACAUAGUAUACAGUUUGGUGUAAAUAAUUGAAACGUGAUCACAGAUGUGGCGUCGUAUCAAGCUAUCAAAUAUUAAAACAUAAGCAUGGAAAGCAACGUGGCAUUUCACAAUACCGACUAGCCUUGAAGAACUAUAUUUUAGCUGUUCUUGGCUGAAAUAACCCCUCCGACAGCCAUCAAAUAUAUAAACGGCAGGAAGACUAGGCAUAUCAGUGACGGGCGGUCUACCUGUCAUCCCAGCGGUCAUGGGUGUGCGAAGAAAUUUUACUUCCGUUUUAUACGCGGCUAAGAGACGGCCAUUAUUGAUAGCCUUCGUGUUGGUAACAGCUGUUACUUAUUUCAUAGUGUUCGAUCCAUUCAAGUCCACGCAAACUUCACUACGCCUAGGUGCUAGAGACACACGGCCGCGCACGUAUGCUCACACGUUUAAUCUAGGCGGACGAGUGUUCGGAAACGAGAAAAACUUUAAGGAUGUAUCUUCGUCUGUUACGACGUCGGUCGUUUUUGAAUUUGGAAGGGAGAGCAUACGAUCGAAAUUCGAUAUGCAAUUUGUUGACGACGUGUAUUUAAUGUGCCCCGCGAUUACCUACAAGGAUGACGGCAACAUCCAGUUGAUUAUGCGCAUUUGGCUACUGCCAAAGCUGAUUGAACUAAGGAAAUUAAACUCUAGACUCAUGAAAAAUUACAUUAUGGGUCAGACCCUGAAUUCAAACUACGACCCAGUAACAUCUCCAAGAAUUUUAGGAAUACCAAUCCCCAUGAUAGGAGAAGUUGGCGGACCUAACGAUCCCAGAGUAUUGCAUCACAAGGGGGUUUCCUACGUUCUCUUUAAUAAAUAUCUACCUACCAACAAAACCUGCGAAGGAAAACCAACCAACGUACAGAUUUAUCUUUACAACCUAGAAACCGAUGAAUCUAGGCUGUUGACGAUUGAGGGGGAUGCUCAGAAGUGCCGUGAAAAGAACUGGGUCUCGAUGAUCGUUGACGACAAAGUGUAUAUUGUGUAUUCCCUGGAUCCGACCCUCAUAUUACAAUGUGAUUUAGCCAAAGCCCACUGUAAGGUGGAAAACACUGGGAAAUCUUUCCGAGAAGCUUCUGAUGACGUCCAUUCAGACAAACCACUGCUCCGAGGUAGCACGCCGUAUGUCCUGUAUAAAUGGCCAUAUUACAUCACUCUGGUGCAUACGCGAUGGGUUAGCGAAUAUCAUUACGACAAGAACUUUAACUACUUAAUCUACGCCAUUCACCUUCUGGUCUUCAAUGCACAAACCUACCAAAUCGCCUACGUCAGCCAACCUAUAGAUAUGAGCCCCGAAUUCAUGAACCGUCAUAUGCCAUUCUUUGGCCACAUGCCCAAUUCUUUUAUAUACCCGGUUUCUUUGAUUCUAAGGGACUCUGACACUCUCCACACCGGGUUGCAUUUGAACGACAGGGAUUCGGUCAUUGCUGAAAUUAAAGGUCUGGAUAAUAUAAUGAAGGAGGUAUAUGCUUUUGUUAAAAACGACGAUAAGCCUACUCCAGGCUUUGUCAGUGAAUACAUGGCGUCCAUGGAUUUGUGGAAGAACAUCAAAGUGCCAGAGGAGGCAAAGGCACCGGAAGUUCAACAAGCUAUAGAAAUAGAAAUGAAAGCACUUCAAGCUAAAUUAAAAGCGAAAGGUAUUGAAUAAUAAAACUGUAAUCAUGGUAUUUUAUACCUAUGUUCAUUAACCGCUUUUGUUAGCAUAAUAACCAAAAAGAAUUUGCUUAGUCUCUUUUUGACAGUAAUGUAAAUUAAUGUACCAAUGUUUUUUAACCUUAGAUUUCUUUCAAGGACACGUAGUUGCCAGGUGGUUGAUGUUUAAUGUGCGUAGGUGCUACCCGGGGUGGUGCGUGUAAAUAAAUUGUAACAUUGUUAAA